ACACACCCCUUUCAGGCAUCUUAACUUUCAGUUUAGAAAACACUUUUUAAACAGGAAUCUGACCUGCACUGUGUGGAACUCUAUUUCACAUACGAAUCUGUAUUUACCUGUCGUUAUACGGAUAUACCGUUACUUACUCCAAACAAUACCUUAGCCCUCGAGUCGUCCUGAGAAACUUAGGUAACGAUGGAUAAGGAAGCUGAAGCUGAGGUGGUCGAUGCCGAGACAUGCCAGGAGGACAUGAUGGGAGAUACCACGGAUGCCAAACCAGAUAGGAAAGGCAGGUUCCUGCUGUUUGGAAGUAAGAAGAAUAAGGAUGGCCAGGCGCGAGAGCAGGAGAAUUCCUCAGAAAGCCAUUACAGGAUCGUUUCACCUACAUUCCAGUAUAAGAUGAGCCACAAGCGGGUGGGCAAGUGCAUCAUCAUCAACAACAAGAACUUUGACGAAAAGACAGGGAUGAAUGUACGCAAUGGAACUGACCGGGACGCCGGGGAGCUGUACAAGUGCUUCAAAAGCCUUGGCUUCGACGUGUGUGUCUACAACGACCAGACCUGUGAGAAGAUGGAGCGCCUGAUGAAAGAGGCCUCAGAGGAGGACCACAGUGAGAGCUCCUGUUUCGCCUGCAUACUGCUGAGUCACGGUGAGGAGGGUAUGAUCUACGGCACGGACGGGGCCAUGCCCAUCAAGAGCAUGACCUCACUCUUCCGAGGGGACAUGUGCAAGAGCCUGGUGGGCAAGCCCAAACUCUUCUUCAUCCAGGCUUGUCGGGGUUCAGAGUUUGACGACGGCAUUCAGACAGACUCGGGACCCCCCAACGACACCCUGGAGACGGACGCCAACCCCCGACACAAGAUCCCCGUGGAGGCAGACUUCCUGUUUGCCUACUCCACCGUGCCAGGCUACUACUCCUGGAGGAACCCUGGCCGCGGCUCCUGGUUUGUCCAGGCCCUGUGCAACGUCCUCAACGAGUUCGGGAAACAGUUGGAGAUAAUGCAGAUCCUCACACGGGUCAACUACAUGGUGGCCACCAGCUUCGAGUCCUGGUCGGAGGACCCGCGCUUCAGCGAGAAGAAACAGAUACCAUGCGUGGUCUCCAUGUUGACCAAAGAGCUCUACUUCAACUGAUGGUUUGGGGUAGGGCUCUUCCAAAAUGACCACUGUGACGGCUACUGGCCGACCAACUGGACUGGAGGGGAAACUCACCAGGAUGGUACAGGAUCGGAACACUGGGAGCAGUCUCAACAUUCAGGGAUGAUCCAGACGUGGCUGGAUGCUGCCGUUUGUUUCUUUUUUUUAAAACAAAACAAAAAAAUCUUUUUGUGCGUGAAAGCCAUUUUUUUUUCCUCACGUGACACUGGGCGCAAAAAAGAUAAGCUCCGCAAAUAAAUCAAACUAAGACAAAGAAGAAGUAAAUCCUCAGUGGUACUCCGCGUUCAUGUGUUGGUGGUGACCCUUGCCUCUUUCAGGUUGUUCCCCUCGGGAAUAAUGACGUCACAUCUGAUAUUUGUUGAAACAGGCGGUGUGAAAUAUACAUGUUUUAAAUUUCUCUUUUUUUUUUUUUUUUAAAUUAGCAUUCAACCAACCGCAUGUAAAGUUUGCUGUUUUGGUGGGGAAUAGGUGAGGGUUGGAGAACUGAAAUCAUUUUGAGAGGGGUGGGGGAAAUGCACACGUUCCCUUUUAAGUCAACCGCUUGUACAACCUUGAGUAAAACCCAGUGUCUUACUGCUGUUCUUCAUAUUAACGGACUAGUGCUCAGACCUUGUGAGUUAAGCGACGAGUUUACCUGAAAUCAUUUAAAUCAGGUGCACAUGCCGGGAAGUGAUCACAAGCAGGAAAGGGAUCUGUGCAUUUUCAUGUUUUUUUUUAUUUAGCCGUUUAUUGUCGUUUCAUACUGUUCCUCCUGCUCACUGGCUGUGUCCCAGAGA